AUGGCCGGGAAGAGGUCCGCCCCGUCAUCCACAACAGCGCAGCCGCCGCCCAAGAAGCGCAAGAGCUCGAGCGGUCCAUCGAUUCCUCUCGUUGUGCAGCAACGCGUAGCAGCAGAAGACGUUGUCGAUGCGUUCCAACUCGUGGCGAACACCGAUACCCCCAGCGCCACGAAAGCCCGACUGCUCUUUGCGUGGCUCUUGUACCCCGUGACGCCCGAAGAGUUCUACGACAAGUACUGGGAGCAGCGGCCGUUGGUGGUCAAACGGCAGUGCUCGAGCUACUACGACGGCUGGUUCAGUAGACAGGAGGUCGACCGCAUUCUCAAGACGCACACGCUGGACUAUGGAACCGAUGUCGACCUGACAAAGUACGUCGACGACACUCGCCAUACGGUCAAUCCCUCGGGCUCUGCAACCGCGAAACAAGUGUGGACGCACUUUGACGACGGCUCUUCUGUGCGGCUAUUGUGUCCGCAGAAGUUCUCGGACAGUGUGUGGAAACUGUUGGCCACGCUCGAAGACGAGUGGGGCUGCAUGGCCGGCGCCAACUCGUACUUGACACCGAAGAACACGCAAGGCUUUGCUCCACACUUUGACGACAUUGAGGCGUUCUUGAUGCAGACAGAAGGCUCGAAGCACUGGAAAGUGUACGAACCGCUGCACGCUCGUGAUAUGCUGACAAGGCACUCGAGCGGCAACUUUCGAGCAGAAGAACUGGGCGACCCGGUGCUGGAAGUGGACUUGGAACAGGGCGACUUGCUGUAUUUCCCACGAGGGUUCAUCCACCAAGCACGUGCACACAAGGACACGCACUCGCUGCACCUGACUGUGUCUACGGGUCAGCAGAAUUCCAUGGGCAACUUCCUCGAAGUGCUCUUGCCCCACGCCCUCGAGACUGCUAUCAACACGAACGUCGACCUGCGUCGCUCGUUGCCGCGCGACUACUUGAGCUACAUGGGCGUCAUGCACUCGGACCGUCAAGGCGACAAGAAGCGCCUGGCGUUUGUCACGCAGCUCAAGAACGCGCUGAAGGUCGUGCUGGGCGAAGCCAUGGACAUGCUCGACGCUGCGUCCGACCAGAUGGCCAAGAACUUCCUCGUGGACCGGUUGCCACCGGCCCUCGAAGACGACGAAGAGAACUGCACGAGCGACAACAGUCCGCUGCAAAAGAUCACCGUCAACACGCAGCUCAAGCUCCUCCGGCACGGCAUUGCGCGCCUCGUGAUCGAAGACGGCAAAGCUGUGCUCUACCACUGCCGAGAGAACUCGCGGCUGCACCACGAAGUCGCUCUUUCCCCGCUCGAGUUCGAACUCGAUGACGCCGAGAGCAUCGAGUUCAUCCUCAACAGCUAUCCCGACUACUUUCGAGUCGGCGACCUCCCACACGAAGACCCGCAAGACCAGCGAGACCUCGCGCUGGCGCUGUACAAAGAAGGCAUCCUAAUGUUCCAAAAGGCGUAA